AUGCUUGCAGCCCUGCUUGCAGCCUUGCUUGCAGCCUUGCUUGCAGCCUUGCUUGCAGCCUUGCCAUGCCUUGCAAUGUGGGCCCUGCACAUGUCUCUUGCUGCCGUGCAUGCGACGGCACCUCUCGGUGGCUGGUGCCCUCUGGCGGGUGAGUGCCAGGUGCAGCAACAGGAGAAUGAAGCAUUCCGGCUGAGCCUGAAAAGCUCAGCCAAGGCAUCAGAAUUUCUCUGGCUAUCUUUCGUCCGAAAUACUUGGCUAGACGAGGCUGAGAGCAGACACUUUCACCUUGUACAAAUCAUGCGGCAGUUGGACUGCCUCUUGACGCUCGACUUGUGCCAUGUGAACAUGCCAGAGUUUGCCAGCAACUUCAACGAUCUCUGCACCAGUUUCAAGCAGGCUCUGCACGUACUGGCAGAAGUCCGUCCGACCUCUGACUCAGAGGAGAAUCUCUUCGCGAUAGCAUUUGAGGUGCUGCCGGAUCAUCCAUGCUUCGUGAAUGAUCUUGAGCUGAAAAACUAUCCCGAGCUGCAUGACCUCCUGCGGCAUGCUGUUUACCUUGAUGUCGGAGUCGUCGACGACAGUUUCCCAAUUGUUCGUGUCCCUCGCGCAACGGUGCUGCUGAGCCCGAGCAAUGUCUGCGGGAGAGAAGACCUGCUGUGGUGGUAUGCGUCGCCACGGCUGGAGGAGGUCAUGACUCAAGAUGCUUUUCUGGCAUUAACCAGUCACAGCUCAAGAAGAGCACGUUGGGUGAUCAACGUUGGAGCUGGAGACGGCGACUGCCUCCACGAUGCAAUACGCCAGGACGGACGCUACGAACGCGGUCCUGAAGACGGUAACGAUCCAGCCAACUGCCUGCUUCUGGCUCUGCAGGAUGUGCGUGGAAUUCUUUUCGAAGGCGAUCAUAAGGUCUACGAGGCACUGCAACGCCUGCAUCAAUCACGUGCAGGAGUGAAACUAAAGCUCGAGCCUGCGACACCAUACAGCAUGCUGACAGCGGUGGAGGAGUUUCGGCACACAGAAAUGGACUAUCCCGCCGUGGCUUCCGACCUGUUGCUGGCAAAGGUGGACGUGGAUAACUGUGAUUGCUGCUUUGUCGAGGCGCUCCUCAAUCAGCAGCCAGAUGGACAACCGUUGCUUCCGAUGCUGAUCCAUGUCGAGGUCCACUCCUUCAUUCCACCGCCUAUUGUUUUCAGACCUUUCAAUUUCACAGAAGGUGUUGGCGACACCCUGUUAGAGCUUAGCCAGGACAAGCGGCGCAGAGGGCACUUUCUUCACUGCUCUCUUUCGGCCUUCACCGAGCUCCUUUUUCCGUUGGGCUACCAUUUGGGGCAGCUGAUUGGAUUUGAUGCUGUAUUUAUCCACAAGAACGCGAUGGCAAGAAGCGCUCGUGCAGACGCCCACGAUUUUUUGCAUGGAAGUCGGGUCGAAGCUUUAUGGUAUGGGUGUCAUUUUUGCCACCCACUACGUGUUGCCAGCCCAGUCGAUGCGCACUACUUCGCUGAGUUUCGCUACGACUACAGGCGCUGGAAUGACCCAGAGGUUUCGGCAUCCGUCCGCAUGGAGGAGAUACGGAGGUAUCUGGAUUUCUGGAAGGUGCCACGGUCGACCUACGCUCUCUACGUCACUGCCAGCCCAGGAUAA